AUGACAUCUGUUAUAAACUACAGAUUUCGGUCGAACAAGAACUUUUCCCGUAUCUCGUUUCAGGGGACGGGGCUUCCUCUAUGGGAACUCAAAUAUGAAAUAAUCAACCAAAGAAAAAUGGUUUCGAAGGACUUUGAUCUCCUGUUCUUCGACGGAGAGACGAACGAAGAGAUAAAUGAUGAAUACCAAGUGGUCUCGAUGAACAGCCAUGUAAUAGUGAGUAGGAUUCCUCUGUGGAUGUCGAAAGGAGGAUAUAAUGUUAAGGAGAAGAGGCUUGAAUCUCAGGGCAGCCACCACGGCUCGCAAAAGCACAACAAAGCAGUUCCUGAGAGCUAUGUAUGCUUCAGAUGUGGGCAGAAGGGACAUUAUAUCCAGAACUGCCACACAAACCAAGACAAAGCAUUUGACAUUCUGAGGAUCAGGAAGCCCUCUGGGAUUCCCAAGGACUUUCUUGUCCCUGUGUAUGGAGAAAAUGUGCCAUCGAAUGCUGCAAUGUUAGUCACUCCCGAGGGAGGAUAUGUCAAGGCACAGCCCCAGGUUCAGGAGUGGAAGAAGUACAAGCAAAGGACCAAGGCAGUCGCUGAGAUUCCGGACCAACUGAAGUGUCCUUCGUGCCACUGCCUGCUAAUAAACCCAAUGAAAACAAGUUGUGGCCACACACUAUGUGAUCAGUGCAUAGGGAUGGAUAAAAAGUGCUAUGUGUGUUCAAGAGUCAUUGAAGGGUUCACACAGGACAUAGACAUGAAGCUUGAAGUAGAGAAGGCCCUAGAACAAAGAAAGUAA